GCCAGUCUGGCGGCCAACAGGCAGAGCAGCUCCUCGGGGGGUAACGGAGCCCAACCGGCACCAGCGCAACAGCCCACGAUGAACCUGUCCCCGUCGCCGGCGCAGCUGCUGACGCGGGCGCAGAGCGUGGCGCCCGGUGCUGCCGGCAUGGCCCAACAGGCUGUGCUGCUGGGCAACGCCGCCUCGCCCGCCCUCACCGCCAGCCAGGCCCAGAUGUACCUGCGGGCACAGAUGCUCAUCUUCACACCCACGGGCCCCGUCAGCGCCGUCCGGCCCGAGAGCCCCGCUCCAGCCCCGCCACCGGCCCCACCGCCCGCCCCACCGCCUGCUGCCCCCCAGGUGAGCCCCCCAAACCCCCCCACCCCAGCCCCCAAACCCCUCCAGCCCCCCCUGACCUGCUGCUGUUGCAGGUGCACAGCCUGGCCCUGCGCCCCGCCGGCCCCCAUCUCCCUGCCCUGGCCAUGAAGCCCCCCGGCGGGGCCCCCCCCCGUGCUGGGCCCCCCCGGGGACCCCCCCCAGACACGUCCAGCGAGCACCUCAAGAAGGCCGAGCCCCCCGAUGCCCGUGCCCACCCCCUGGCCCGCGCCGCGGCCCCCGCUGCUGCCACAGCCUACGCCCCGCUGCAGCCCCCCCAGUUCGUGCAGCAGCCGCCGAAGCCGAUGCAGCCGCAGCAGCAGCAGCAGCCACAGCAGUUUGUGAUCCAGCAGCAGCAGCAGCAGCCACUGCCCCCCCGCGGGCAGCCCCCCCCGGGCCCCCCCGCUGCCCCCCAACUGCACCCGCUGCCCCCUGCCAGCCCUGGCCCAGCCCCGCAGCCCAAGGCCGGGGUCCCCCUGGGGCCAGGGGGUGAGGGCGGCCCCCCCAAUGGCCACGCAGCCCCCCGCAAGUUCCAGCACGCCUCGGCUGUCAUCCUGCAGCUGCAGCCGCCCGGCGCCACGCCCCCACCCGCCGUCCCCGAGGGCUCCCGCCGGGACCCGCCGCCGGCCCCGAGCAGCGCCGCCAGCCCGCCCGCCGCCCCCCCGGGCCCCCCCGACGGCGAGCGGCCCCCCCCGGCGCACGAGCCGCCCGCGGAGCGCCUUCAUGCCCAGCCGCCGGCCCUCGCCAGCGUUCCCGGCAUGACCUCGGGCACCGGCAGCUCUGCCUCCACCGUCGCCGGCGCUGCCCCCCACAAUGGUGAGAACAAACCGCCUCAGGCCAUCGUGAAACCGCAGAUCCUCACCCACGUUAUCGAGGGCUUCGUCAUCCAGGAAGGGGCAGAACCGUUCCCGGUGGGACGCUCCUCGUUGCUGGUGGGGAACCUGAAGAAGAAGUAUGCGCAGGAGCUGCUGGCGGAGAAGCUCCCGCCGCAGGACAACACCACCACCACCGACUCCGAGAUGGAGGAGCCCUAUCUCCAAGAAUCCAAAGAGGAGGGGAACCCCCCCAAACUGAAGUGUGAGCUCUGCGGCCGCGUCGACUUCGCCUACAAGUUCAAGCGCUCCAAGCGCUUCUGCUCCAUGGCUUGUGCCAAGAGGUACAACGUGGGCUGCACGAAGCGGGUGGGUUUGUUCCACCCCGACCGCAGCAAACUGCAGAAACCCGGCGGCCCCCCCCACGGCCGGCGCCGCGCCUGCAAGGGGACGCUGCCCGCGCUCAGCAAAGACACCAAGAAGCAGCCGCCGGUCUCUCUGCCGCCGGGUUCGGUGCCUCUUUCCGUGACGGCGUCGUUGCAGCUCAACCACAGCCAGGAGGACUCGAGCCGCUGCUCGGAUAACUCGAGCUACGAGGAGCCGCUGUCGCCCAUCUCCGCCAGCUCCUCCACGUCCCGCCGGCGCCAGGGCGAGCGCGACCUGGAGCUGCGCGACAUGGAGCUGCCCGACGUGCACGUCCGAGACCUGCCCGGCAUCGGCCACCGCUUCCUGCCCAGCGAGCCCAGCAAGUGGAACGUGGAGGAUGUCUACGAGUUCAUCCGCUCGCUGCCGGGCUGCCAGGAGAUCGCGGAGGAGUUCCGGGCGCAGGAGAUCGACGGGCAGGCGCUGCUGCUGCUCAAGGAGGAUCAUCUCAUGAGCACCAUGAACAUCAAACUGGGGCCGGCCCUCAAGAUCUACGCCCGCAUCAGCAUGCUCAAGGACUCCUAGAGCCGGUGGGGUGGGGGCACCCA